GUCGAAAUGGCAGUCAAAUUAAACGUAAAAAACAAUCGAACUAUCGAUACUCUUAGAAGCACCUCUUGCGUACUGCAAUCGAUAACAAAAACAGGUGUUCUGCACAUUUUACGAAGCGCGUUUAAACCAGAAGCUGGUGUGUUUUUGUGUACGUUAGUUAAGAUGUCUGCAGAACCAGAAAUUGCCAAGGAUGCGGUAUUGAAACGAAGUGAACAAAUUCCGGAGGAUACUCCUCAGGUACACGGCUAUGAUUUCAACCAGGGUAUCGAUUAUAGCAAGUUGUUCGAGUCCUAUGUUAACACCGGCUUCCAAGCAACCAAUCUUGGUUUGGCUAUUAGGGAAAUUAAGAAAAUGUUGGAUUGCAGGGCUCAGCCGCUAGACGCUGAACAAGAAGAUGUCCACGAGACAGACGAUUUUAUCAGACGGCGCAGCAAAUGCACAAUCUUUUUGGGCUACACCUCAAAUCUAGUGUCGUCGGGCAUGCGUGAGACACUACGGUUUCUGGCUGAGCAUCGCAUGAUCGACUGCAUAGUAACAACGGCCGGUGGCGUCGAGGAGGAUUUCAUAAAAUGCUUGGCGCCUACCUACAUGGGCUCCUUUGAGCUAAGCGGUCGCGAUUUACGGGAACGUGGUAUUAAUCGCAUUGGUAAUCUGCUGGUACCCAAUGAUAACUACUGUAAAUUUGAGGAUUGGUUAAUGCCACUAUUAGAUGAAAUGCUGGAGGAACAACGUAGUAAGGGCACCGUGUGGUCGCCAUCUCGCAUCAUUCAGCGGCUGGGCGAGCGUAUCGGAGAUCCAAGUUCUAUUUACUAUUGGGCAGCAAAGAAUCAGAUACCCGUUUACUGUCCAGCGCUAACUGAUGGCAGUCUCGGAGACAUGAUGUAUUUUCACUCGUUUCGGCAACCUGGUCUCGUUGUCGACAUCUUAUCUGAUCUGCGGCGACUCAACACAAUGGCCGUUAAGGCUGUCAAUAGCGGCAUGAUUAUUGUAGGCGGCGGCAUAAUUAAACAUCACAUUUGCAAUGCAAAUCUGAUGCGAAAUGGCGCCGAUUACUCGGUGUUCAUAAACACAGCCUCGGAAUUCGAUGGCAGUGACAGCGGAGCCCGGCCGGAUGAGGCCAUAUCUUGGGGAAAGAUACGCAAGGAUGCCACUCCAGUUAAGGUGUAUGCCGAGGCCAGUUUGGUGUUUCCGCUCAUAGUGGGCGAGACCUUUGCCAAGCGACACUUUAGCAAGAAAGACUCCACAAUGUAAUUGUGCACGCUGACUCCACACCGUAGCUUGUGUAGUCGAAACAACCACUUUGAGUCGCAAUAACUAGCUCGGUAGUGUGCGGUGUAUCAGUCUCUAAAGUGUCGUGCUUCAUGAAGCCGCAUGCCACAAUGGAGUACUAAGAAAACUGUCCAGGCCCAAGCCCAAGUACAAGCGCAAGCCAAGUUGUCAGCCGCAGUGACUGUGGCAGUAAUGGCAGCAGGAAGCCAUUAAGCGUCGUCGCCUGUGAGAUGUACAAAAUGUGAUAAACACAACAAGCGUCGCAUUUUCAACUUCACUGGUUGGUUGCUGCAGCUCGCUGCUCCAGCUUCAGUUCUUGUUUCGCCCCCAUUGCCAUGUUAUAAUGGUUGUGUAGUGCACUUCUCCAUCGCCUUUACUAGAGCAGGAAAAAUGCAACUUUUGUCAGGCAUUUGAACGACAAAAUGAAAGUUGCGGUCCUUGCUGGCCACAUCUGGAAUUGUUGAUGGGAGAGUGGGCUUAGGCCAUUCCACUACGUAGUAACUCGUCUAUUAUUGUCAUAUUCUAAAAGGCAACUUAGUUUUGGUCGUAAUUGCUUAGGUUUGGCUGCUUUGGCUGUGCACAUAAAUUUUCCACGUCGCUGGCAACUUUGGCGACUUUUCACUUUUGUCAUAUUUUGCCCGCAGUGAGCAUUUUAUGUUUAAUAGUCCGAAAUUGUUUUGGGAAACAAUGCUUUCGCAUAAGCUCACAAAUUUGUCAUUAAUUUUAUGUCGCUAAUGCUACCGCGCUUUCUUUCCUCGCAUUUUCAAACAAGUCAUCUCAAAUUUUAUUGUUGCAGCGCUUUUCCUUUCCAUCCCUUUCAUCGUCCUGCGCUUCUCUCGACCCAAAGUUUGGUCUGCUGUCUGUGCGCAUCAUUAAAGCCAAAAGAAAACUUUUUCGCACACUUACUUUUCCGCACUCUUCUCAUUCUAUGCUGCCUGGUUUUUCUUUAUGGCUCUCUGCAGUACUUCGACAGUUGGUGCUACAUAUUUUGAGCUAUAGUCAUGUGACGGUCGGUUGAAGAGACGAUGCUGCAACUGCAUUUUCUUUGCAACUUUUUUGUUGGCGCAACUUUUUGGGCUUUUUGGUUUUUGGUUGAAAAAUUAAUGAAUCGUUUGGUUGCCGCGAAGUGCAGGCAGCCCCCAUCUACUACUACAUAAUAUAAAAUACUCUGCUUUAUCAAAUUUAUACUGUUUGAAACAUGUUACCAGAAAAUCGACAACUCAUGUCGACUGUUCAAACUUUUCUGCGCACUUGCAAUGUUUUAAAUCUGUUAGCAUUAACAUUAAAGUUACGGGCUUGUUUAAAUUAAAUUCGAACUUUAAUAUUUUAUAGUACGGUUUUGGGAUGACAAUGCAUAUAAUUAAGUGUAGUAUGCUUUCAAGCGCAGCAUGUAAAUCGCCAACCGCAAUUCACAGAAUUUUGCUGCAGCAUACUUUUAGGCAAUGAAUUGUUUAGUACUUAGUUCACUCUCAAGUGGAUUUCAAUUUGCCAUUCUCAACUGCGGUUAACUAUAAUCCCAGUAGCACUUUGCUUGGCCAAACAACUUGCGCAACUUGGCAAGAAAAUCAAUUGCACUUAUAUUAUCGUUGCGCCAUUAUCGGCAGCCAGGCAGCAUUGUCGUUAAGAAGCACUUAAUUGCAUGCUGUCAUAUCUAAUACACACGGAGCAUACGCACACAUAGAGCGCUUAAAAACUAAUUACGAGCAAAGCUGCUGCUGUUCUUGUUCUUGUUGUUCUAGUUGGUGUGUGCGAAGGCUGCGCUUCUUGUGUGCACAAAAGACGACCAAAGCAAGUGCGUAGAAUUACGCAGAGUCCAUGCCAACUUUGCAAGCCAAGUUAUUGCUGCUACUGCUGCUGUUGUCGUCGUUGUGUUGUAUGUUGGCCAACUUUCUAGUGAUUACGAGCAAAUUAAAACUACAUUAAAACUUUCUCGAGUCCAGUUCCUGGCAAUUGACAGGUUCUUACACACAAGUGAGUGCGUGUGAGUGUGGAAAAAAAAUCUAAAGAAAUUAUUUAUUUUUCUGUUUUGUUUUGUUUAAAAACUUGAAAACAAAAUGUAGUAAAACAAAAUAUAAAAUAUAUAAAUAGAAACACGAUUAACAUUUGCUGUGAAACUGCACCUCUGAGAACUUCGGCUUGAAUCCUAGACAUACCUCACAAUUGCAUUUAUUAUUUUUAUCGUUGAUCUCUUUUCUUUUGGCAGAUAAUGGCACUGGGGAUGUCGAUGACGACGAAGCUGGAGACAGCGUUAGUCUUGGUCUUCUAGCACUGGCGCCACCUGAUUUUCUAGAUUGAUGCGGUGGCGUCGCCUCCAUGUUUGACGACAGCUUUGCUUCCUCUCGAUAGUAUGGCGUAACGAUAUCCCAAAGCCGUGUCUUGGCUUGCAGCUGAAUCCGGGCUUCGGCCAGAGCGGCCUGUUCCUUUUGUAGGAGCACAUCCUUGGCCUGUAGCAUUUCCUGCUGUUGCUGGAAUAGCUUGUCGUAGAGAAUACGAACGUUCUUCUCGCGGCGUUCGCCCGCCUGUUCUAACAGAUUGUCGAGCACACUUUCCAACUUGCGAUCAAGCUCCAAUAAGACACUGCGCGUCUCGGGUUCAUCGUCGAGUAUGUCUUGCAAGGCGAUGGAAAGAAAGUUGAUGACACCACCACUUGGUGUCCAAUCCUUGAGACGACGUAUUGCACUCCUUGUGCUGAUCUCGAUCUUCAGUAGCAGUGCCAUGCUACGCUUAGACUGGAGUGGCAUCACGUUCUGUCCCUCGUUUAUCUUUUUCUGCCACUUGGAGUCCGUUGCUUUAUAGUGCUGCUCAUUCUCGAUGGUUCGCGCAUGUAACUCAUUGACUUCUUCGAGUAAUUGCCGAUUCUUCUGAAUUUGCAGUUCAUAAUCCGAUUUCUCUGUGGUUUUCAACUUUUCUGAGUAAUGACUUGAGCUCCCGCAACGACUAGAGCAAACUGAUUCGAUGUCUGAUGCGGGCGCCGCUUCAAGCUCGACUGUUUUUUUCGAUUCCUCCGGUUGCUCUUUCUCAAUGCUGGUGUUGUCAUUGCCAUAUGUAUUGAGCACAUCAUCCAGUCGACGAGUGGUGUUACUCAAAUCCGUGAAAGGUUUGCCUAGUCUACCCAUCUCCUUUAAUUGGCCGUGCAUCAGUACCAUCAGACAGUUGCGGGCAUACUUCUCCGACCCGGUGGCUUCAUAAAACACCGUCAGCCAGUGAUGAAUGAUGUCGUGGUGGGAUGUACAUAUACUCUCGAUGAACACAUCGCUUACCAGUUUCAGCUGCUCUGCAAAAUGGCGGUCCAGUGUGUCCUCUUUCACAUCACUCAUUUUCUACAAUUUCAUUUAAGCUAGAGAAUUUGUACAAUGUUUCCAAAUAACGUUAUUCAGGCACACUCA